AUUAGAGGCAAAGAGGAAGAUAAAUUAGGUUAAAUUAAUUUCGGUUCCUCCCGCCAAUCCUCAAUCAAUCCAAUCUCUCUAUCAAACCAAAAUCACAGCCUCUUGUCUUGCCAUUGUUGUAUCUUCUUCACUUCACUCCUUUUCAAAUCAUUCAAGAAACGCCCCACCAGAUAUGAAUAUUGCUGCUUCUCUAUCUUCACUCGCCGCCCUGCGCCUUCCUAUUUGUCUCCAUUGUUUCCCAACCUUCAGAACACCCAUUUCCUUCCCUUCUCUAUCCUUAAAUCCCCCAAGUUUGCAUAUCUUUUCGUCGAUGACUUCUUCCAUUACUGCGUCGAUGUCCACUUCCUCACCUCUGGCCCCCGAUCAGCUUGCUGUGGAGGAGAAGAAGCCCGCGCCGCCGCCGAAGCCAUGGCUGAUCGUUGGCCUUGGGAACCCCGGGAAGAAGUAUGAACGCACUCGCCAUAAUGUAGGUUUUGAGAUGCUGGAUGCUGUUGCCGAGGUUGAAGGGAUAUCCAUGAGUAGUGCUUCCUUCAAAGCUCUGAUCGGGAAAGGUGUGCAGAUUCUAACGAUCCUUGAUGAAAUUAAAAUAUCUGGUUAGAACUUAGAAGUACAUCUAGCUGCUAGUUUGCUUGCCUUGAACGGGCUUGCUGGUACAUUACUGACACCUUUCUUUCC